AUGCCAGCUACACGCAAAGUUGUGCCUCGCAAGCGCGCUCAGUUAUCCAAUGAAGAUUCAGAGCCCGAAUCUCUUCACAGCGACACGCCGCCCAAGAAACGCAUCCGUUCUUCCAAUUCCAAGUCCAGUUCGCCUUCGAAACCCAAACUCAAGCGUAACAAACGCAAAGCCAAGGAAGAUGAUGUGAAAGAUGAAGAUGAUGUAGAUGGUAGCAAUGUAGACCUGAAGGAGGGGCAGCAAGUCAUAGGUCGCGUUGUGCAAGCUCCAAAGACAGGCUGGGUACCUCCUGGUCAGGUUUCACAGAACACGCUUGAUUUUCUAGCGAAAUUCAAGGACCCUGCGUGUAAUGACCGUGAAUGGUUUAAGCUACACGACCCAGUUUACCGUCGCGUAGAAAAGGAGUUCAAGGCGUUUAUCGAGGCGUUCACCGACAUGCUCACAGACGUUGACUCUGAGAUUCCUCCGUUACCCCCUAAAGACGUCACCCACCGCAUAUACAGAGAUGUCCGCUUCAGCAACAAUAAAACACCAUACAAGAAGGGACUAUCUGCAAGUUUUUCGAGGAGUGGCAGGAAGGGGAUUUUUGUGUUUUUCAAGCCGGGUGACAAGAGCGUCAUCGCUGCAGGUGCAUGGUGUCCUGGGAAGAACGAACUCUUGACUCUCAGGUAUGUCUCGUCUCCGCUUUGUUUCCGUGGUUCUUUUCAUACUUUCCAUUACCUAACAUAA